AUGAGACACCCGGGGGGUCGGUCAACGCCGCUCAGUUCUUUUGUGGUCUUCAGGUGGGACCAAACAAAAGGGAGGCUGGAUAUAAACAGCAGCCCGGAUUUUAGACAGCCGGAGACCCAGAGCGAGCUUCUCUCCUCUCCCCCUGCUCCUCAGACCCAUGCAGGAUGCCCGGGGAGAGGCGGGGAGUGCUGGUCCAGCUCAGCCCGAGUUCAUGACGCUCUGGGCGGCUUCGUCAUGCGUUUCCUGCUCGAGCCCGGCGCUCAGUCCCUCCGGCUCAUCUUUCUCUUCAUCUUCGUGAUGGGGGUGGCCCCCUCUCCGGCUCUCACGGCCGGCUGCCCGGACCGAUGCGUGUGCGACGACCAGCUGGUGGUCCAGUGCGCCGGGCAGGAUCUCACCUUGUUCCCCAAUGACCUGCCCCUGGCCACCCGGCAGCUCAUCAUCUCCAACAACCGCAUCGGGGACCUGCCGGCGCUGCAGCUCAACUAUCUGUCAGACCUGGUCUAUCUGGAUUGUAGCAACAACUCCCUGGCCGAGAUCUCCGAGUCCACUUUCGGGAACUUGAGGAAGCUGGCCUACCUGGACCUGUCUUUCAACGGCCUGCUGCAGAUCGAGGACCGAACUUUCGGGCCCCUGGCCUCCCUGGUGAUGCUCCGGCUGACGGAUAACCCCGGCCUGGGCGAGAUCCACCCGGACGCCUUCUCGGAGAACAUUGCCCUGCAGGUGCUGGACGUGAGCCGGAACAACCUGACGGCCCUGAACAUCAGCAGCCUGAUCGCCCUGCCCGCCCUGCGCUCCAUGGGCCUGAGCGGAAACCCCUGGAAGUGUGACUGUGACACGGAGGACCUCUGCCUGUGGGUGCAAAUAGAGGGGUUCAAGUUCCAAGAUUUGCCCUCUUUUGGUCUGUUCUCACAGCGGGCGCCGCUCAGACAUGUCAUGACUCUGGUGACAACCAAAGGGAAAACCUGGCUCCAGGAAAGCUUUGUGGUUGUCAUGUGUUCAAAGGAGAGAGGAGUAAAACUCAUAGGCGAGCGGCACCCAGCCAAACUAAGGGGCCACUUACGGGGCAAGAGUUAA